AAAAGGUCUGGAAAAAAUAAAAAAUUAACUAAUUCCGGAUAAAUUCCUAGUAUCCCGUUGUCUCGUCAGCUCAGUGAUUGUCAAGUGCUCAAGCUCAAUAAACCCAGUGAAGUGAACCAGUGAACCAGUGAGUGAAUCCUUACCAAUGAUAUAAAACAUUGAAAAUACAUAGCAACCUUCAAGAAAAUGCACCGGUGGUCUGGCCAAAGAUUUCGCAAAAAAACCGUCGACGCCUAGUUAUCGAGUAACAGCACUAACAAAGCUGCUACCAAUUCCAAAACAAGUGACUGUUCCAGGGUGAGAAAUAGGGCUUCAGCCCAAAUCCUCCCACUCCUCUUUGCCACCUGGUGAACUAACCAAGGGAUCAACUUGAGUAUCAAACAAGCAAGUUACAAACAUCACCAACAACCUCAUAAUGUUUUGCUUCCAAAGUCCGUUCACGCGCACGCUUAGGUCUACGCCAUCGACGACGGUCACGACCCCAUCGCUGCCAGGUCCUGCGUCAUCUAAAAUGAGUAUAGACACGACCCAGUUGACGCAGCUUUCAGAAACAAACAGACGUGCUUCCGAGGCGGACUCGUGCUCAUCAAUCCGCUUCAUUGAUCAGGCAUCGAUAUCAGCGAGCAGUAGUACAGAUACUCUACCAGGUGCACAAGCUGAUUAUUUCGAAUCAGAUCCACUGUCACCAGGACCAGGUGCAACUCUGGCACCACUUGCCUCACUGGAGAUAGUCCAGCAGGUUCCGCAGGUGGGCAAGACAUCGCCGAAAAAAUGGCGAAAGAAAUUUCUCCUUCGCCUGAAGGCUAAUGAGAAUUCAGUUGUAUUGAAUACCAAGAAGAUGGUAGACGGUAAAGCCAAUUCCAUGGACGAUAUUCCAUCGUUGAAUGGCUUCAGUGAAGACGAGGACGAUGAUGAGGAUGAUGAUGAUGAUGAUGAGGUGCCUGAAGUUGAAACUGAGACUGAGGAGGGAUCCUCCUUGCCGUCUAGUCCUGCUGCUGCGAUAUCAGUUGGACUUGCACCAGCGCCAGUUCCCUAUCAGCCGUACUACAACUUCCUAUCGGUUAACGGUGGUAUGAGACAGGAGAGCACUAGUACCAGUUCACCUCAGCUGUCCUCCGGCACGGCUAUCAUGGAGGGAAAUGUCUCCCUGGAAAAGGCUGAUACAUUAUCAGUUAAUGAAGAACUCAAGGGUAAUCUGGGACUGAUGAAGAAGGGUGACACUCUUGACGCACCCACUUGUCUACCCGCUGCGAGAUCCUGCCCCAAUUUGGAGCAGCAGUCGGUGGGUGGAUCCUCGGCUAGUGGUAGCUCCAGUCCCAGUCCUAGUCCUGGACCUGCUGGUCCUAGAUUCAGACCCAUUGAAGAAGGUGACGUUCAAGUCUGCUAUUUGAAUCACACGAGGACACUUGUUAGCAAAAUUCUCAGCAGCAAGUUCCUCAGACGAUGGGAGACUCAUCAUCUCUAUCUGAAUGAUGCUUGUUUGUCCUCGAAAACGUUGAGUGGAUUCCUCCAGCAACCAGUCCCCUACAGCAGUAUGUCGGAGGUGUAUGCAGUGGCUCGAUGGGAUCCCACAUACAAGUAUUGUCUGAGAAUCGUUUUGCCGGAUGGUUCCCUGUUGCUCCAAGCGAGUAAUGCAUACACGAGAGACCAGUGGUACCACUCAAUCCUUUGGAAGAAAAGUAUCUUCAAAUACCAGCUUUUGGUGUCUCAGAUUCACCGAGAAGAGGUGAUCCUUAGAGAGCUGAAGACAAUGGUGGAUUUUGCUCUUUGGACACCUCUGCAGGAUGAGAGGGUAACCGGGGCACCAUUGGAGGCAGUGGCGAAGCUCCUGGAGGAGCCAGUGCCCCCAGAAAUUGACAAGAAAAUUUUGGAGACCGAUGAGCUCCAAAGCCAGCGAGAUCAGCGCUCCUGGGCUGAGUCUGUUCUUUCAGUGGCUUCACCACUUCUAGAGAAGGCUGCACCACCAUCAACACUGGCUAGGGCUCUUGCCAGACUCGCCCAGAUCCAUCCUAGAUCCCCUCUCGUUCCCGCCCUGGGACCAGCCAUCACCAGAUGCUUGAAGCACACUGUCGAUUUUGGUAAAUCACCGGAUAUGAGGAAGCUCAUUCAAAUGUUCAUAGCUGCUCUGUUCGAGAACAAUGAUGGAGAGCAGUCCAUUACGGAUUACGUAGCGUCUGUUCAUGGUCCUGGAAGCGAUUGUCCUCAUCCCAGGGUACUACCCAAUCUCGUGUCCAUCUGUGUUGCCGCCAUUUUUCACAGAUUCGAAGCCUCAAAUCGAGGACCCUUGAACACCGGAGAGGAAUUACAACCGCCGCCACUUCAGUGCUACUUACACGUCCUAAAAAUAGCGUCGGAAUACGCAGAUUGGAGGCCAGGUCUAGGGGCCCUCCUGCAGCCGGUGCCCUUUCCAGAGGCAGCCCUUGCCGACAAAGACGUUCAAGGGUCAGUUCUCUCGUGUGUCAUGAGCCGGUUGGCCGAUGAUCCAAGAUGUUCAGUUCAUCGUGUACUUUUGCCAGUGCGUGAGCCACGACCCGGUUGGCUACAUAUCGCCGCACCCUCCAGCGCCGCUUGUCCCGAUGACGGAGCACUCUUUGGCGAAAUGUUGACAUCCCUUUUAAGCUGCUGCUGCCGCCGAAAGAAGUUCAUAGCAUCGCUUCUAAAACAAACAGGAAGUGCAUGUAUACUUCUAGCUCUUCGUGGUUGUGAAGCUGCGCAAGAGGCCUUAUGUCUAAUGUUAGAAUGGCGUUUACUUCCGAACGAGGAAGCUCGCCUCCAAGUAGUUUCAGCCCUGCAAUCGACAGCCUCCGGCAAGACGCGUUACAACAGUCUCUGCCAGCGCCAAAGGAGUCUUCAAGAAUUGCAACAGAAAGGUGGACCGAAGAAAUUAACUCUACCAGUUCGUGCGACUGACGCUGACGUAGCUCUACUCCUGGGUGGUGGUGCCCUGGGUAAUUUGGAGUGCCUCAGUCUCGCUUUCACUUCAGUUACUUCUGCCUGCGCCGAGCAACUCAUCAAAUUACCAGCCCUGCGGUAUUUGAACCUGUGGGCAACGCAGUUUGGUGAUGCGGGGCUUCAGCUUAUUAGCGAACAUCUUCAGAAACUUCAGGUGCUCAAUUUGUGUGAGACGCCGGUGUCCGAUAAGGGAAUAUCCACACUAGCGUCACUAACGAACCUGAGAAAGCUGAACCUCAACAGUACGAAAUUAUCAGCCCAGACAUUCGAGUCCCUGAAGAAGCGUUUGCCAGCCCUUCAGGAAUUCGAUGUACGCUACACUGAGGCCUGGUGACCCGAGCCAAUGCCUCCGACAUCGCCGAGUGCUCCUGAGAUUCGUAAAAACGGUACAAUUGAUAAUUACAGUGCACGUGGCAAACUACGUCAUUGAAGACAAUUGGAGUGAUGUCUCGAGGGUGUUGGAGGAACUGCACAGUUCUGGAAUAUUAUAUCCGUAAAUUUGUGAUUUAUUCUGAUGAAGAGAUGACUCGUAAAUUGCGAUGUAACGAAUUUGGGAAUUGAGAGAUCAAAUUUCAGAGAUUUCCUUCGUCUCUUCAUGGCUCUUAAUGAACAAAAUAAUUAUUUUAUGUUAUUCGGGAGGUAAAAUCUACUCUCAUAGGGGGUGCGGUGGCACUAUCGUCGGCGAAAGUCAAAACAUUUUCAAAGUUAUCAUUUGUUAUUGAUCACAAUUUUAAUUCCAUAGAGAAGUAGUGGAAGAACUGGACUCUUAGCACUUCAUUUUUUGCAGGUAUCUCAAAAACUAGAAGGGGUAGAGGAAAAUGGCAGAUUCUUUUUAAAGAAUAUGAUUAUGUAGGAAAAAGAAUGUCCAACAUUUUCCUCUAAACUCAUUAAUUUCUGAUAUAUCUGAGCAAAGUAGGGGAAUCUUCUUGGUUUCCACUAUUUCUCUAGCAAAUUAUUGAAUAACAAUUGAUAAAGAAGAUAAAUUGAGUGAUACUCGUGGAUGGGCCUUCUUGGACGGUUUUCCUGGAUUCGGGUAUGCCUCUUCUUCGACUCGUCUUCCCAAAAUGUCCUCCAACUAUCAAACCGACAAUUUGGAGUCCACCAAGAGGCGCAUGCGAGAAUGGCAAAAGUACAUGAUCGAACGAAGGGGAACAACAAUUACUAAACUAAUGGCCAACAUUGUUUCUGUCCUUUUUAAACGAUUGAAUUAAUAAAAAAAUGAUUUACUCACUCGUCUAAGGGUGCCCAACUGCCUUAAAACUAAAAGGAAGUUCUGAGCGAGCACUGCCACACAAAUAAAGCACACAGGGAUGCAGAAAAUUGUAAUUGAAGCAUUAGGGGAGGUUAAUAAAUUCUAGGUGUGAUUGAGUGAAGUAAAAUGAUGAUUACAAUCACCACAAGUAUUUUUUUUCCCAAAUUUUUAGCUGGGCACAAUCGAGUUUAAUCGUGAGAAAUGGUUGAAUUAUUUGCAUCAAAGUGGUAGGGCAGCCAUUUUUCAUUGCAGAUAGCUCCGCAAAGUAUGGCUUCCGCUAUAAAUGAAUCUCACAUUGUCGGAGAAGUUAACAAAAACACAAUUCAUCCCACUUUGUUACUCAAUUUCGUCAGUUCCUCGGUAAACUGGGCAUCAGUCACUUGAAUAACCAUCGAAAAUACUGUCUUAAUCCUCAAACAAUGAUCUAGAUGUUCAAUGUUCAUAAGAAAUAAUUCUAGAAACCGUGAAUCUGUCGUUCCAGAGCGAAUAAUGUUCAAUAUUAUGGAAAUAAUCUUUGUACUUACCCCUCUAACCUUCAAAUCACAUUAUUACGCCGACCGAAUGAUAUCGACGAAUAAAUCCAUUGUCCACACACAACACUUCAUAACACUCGGCUCCAUUGUUUUUGAGUAUUUUUAUUGUCAACUGACCGGUGGACUCUGUUUCUCUCUCACCACACAACAUGACGAUGUUUACUCAUCAACACUGUAGAUACAACUGUUGGCCCUCAGCCCUCACUCCCACUUUCCUAUCCCCCACCACUUCCGACUGAUGUUCUUCCUCAAGUUUUCCCAUGGAUUUUAUUGGUUGAAAUAGUGAUAAAAUGAGAUGAAAACGAAAACGCAUAAUUGAGUUUAUGUCCUGAUAUUUCUUCCAGUCCUAGGUUUAGAGAAAAAUUGUAUUGAAUUUUUUUGUGGAGUAUCCUAAUCCCUACCAAAAUGAUUUCAUAACUUUUUUCCUAACCACACUCAUUAUCGAGAUAAUUGAACAAUUUACCGCGAUUUGAAAGUUUAUUUAGACUUUUUCUCAGAUUUUUGUAAAAUUAUUGACUGAGAGGGAAUAAGAAAGUCAUUCUUCCUUGCCUGGGUUUACCCUCAACCAGUUUAUAAAUUUAUCCUUUUACUUCAUGAAAUCACGAACGAAAAAUGAAGUAAAAUUUAUAGUUUAAAAUUGCCGUUCGACUCUAGUAUCCAUAUCGAAAGGCUUAGAAUUGUCUUCUCAAAAGUAUUUCGGGGACGAGAAUUUCUCUAGUGUAAAUAGUUAAGCAGGAUUAAUAAUUUAUUGUAGCUAGGAGAAUAUUUAUAUGUUAAACGAUUUAAACGUAAUUAACAAUUCAUUAAAAUUCCAUUAAGACGACACACGGAUACCCAAAAAAACUGUUACAAGUCCCAAAAAACAUUUUUGCCAGUGCCAUCUCAUAUUUAAGAGAACAUCGGCAAUUAGUCGACAUACUGGUUGCUGGGAAGAGGAAAACGUAUAAGAACAAAUCUACGCGUGAGAGGUUAAUUAUAUAGGAAAAAGGAUAAUUAGCAAAAAAUUGAAAAACAAGUGUAGAAGAAGCUAAUUAUGAAGUUAUUACGAGUGAAGGAGUCUAACUUGUCUGAUAAAAUUAUGGAAAAUUCUGAACAUUUAAUGCAUACUUAAAUGAAUAAGAUGACUGAUUUCUGUAUUUAUCAUUUUUUAAUUGGAAUUGGGUAUCUACAGGUGGAGCAGUCUCUGUGACGAAUGGAUUUUCAUAAAAUUAGGGGAAUCCCCCAAAAAAAUACGUCUAGAAUCCAUUUCUCAGCAGCACCUGCUCUACCUUAAACCUGUAUCCUUAAAAUAUAUUUGCGAAGCUACGAGAGGAGCAAGCAUUGUAAGAAAGACUGCUUACGUCAAUUUUCAAUAAGAAAUUGUUAAGUUAGAAAUGAAAAUUAUCUCAGAAUUUAAUACCAAAAACAAAAUGUUGAAAAAAAAUGAAAAAAAAACGUGAACAUUGUGAAAUUUUUAGUUCUGUUGAAAAGGCAUUUAUACACAUGCAAAUUUUCAUUUACAGGGACAAAAUUUGUGAAAUAAGAAACGUUAUUGGAUAAUUAUUAACAAAGUCAUGAGCGUCUUUGUGUCUUAUAUGCAUAAUAAAAUGACGUUGGAUAUUUCGACUCGAUGAUUCUACAUAAA